AGAUCACUUCAAAUUAUGUACAGCUAAAGGAAUUUUGCCCACUUUCAAGAUCCUCGUUGAUGGUUGCAAUUUUAAUAGCAAUAUUCCUCAAGAAUUUCCUUUUAACUUUCUUGGCCUUUUAAAUUCCUCUUGCAUCGGCGUAAAGGCUGUGAAAACAAGGGGUAUCGAAAGCCAUGGGAGAAGAAAUUUUGCAAGGAGAAGCAAUGGAAGAAAUUUUGCAAGGAGAAGCAAUGGAAAUCAGUUUGAAAGAUCUGUCAAAGAAACUUGAAGAAUUUGCAAAGGCUAGAGACUGGGAAAAGUUCCAUAGCCCUAGAAAUUUACUCCUCGCUAUGGUUGGUGAAGUAGGAGAGCUAUCGGAGAUAUUUCAGUGGAAGGGAGAGGUUGACAAAGGGUUGCCGAACUGGGAAGAAUCAGAUAAAGAGCAUCUUGGUGAAGAAUUAUCUGAUGUGCUUCUUUAUCUCAUCAGGUUGGCUGAUAUUUGUGGCAUUGAUCUUGGUGAUGCUGCUGCAAAAAAGAUUGUUAAAAAUGCAAUCAAAUACCCUCCCAAAGUCACGUUCUGAUAGAAUUUCAUAAGACGUUUUUGAUUGUUCAAGGAAGUUUUGGAUAACGAAUGAUGAAAUAAAAUCUCACUUCUUUUUAA